AUGCACCCGAGUCGCAGCGCGCCAGAGCCCAGGAAGGGCAGCCCGAAGGAGCAGGAGGAGGCCUCCUUCGGGGACGAGGAGGUGGAGGAGGAGGAAGAGGAGGAGGAGGACGACGACGACGACGAGGAGGAGGCGGCAAGCCAGCUGCUCCCGGAGUUGCUGGAAGAUGAAGACCUCUGGAAGGUCAUGGACGCUAGCUUUUCCGAAGACCUGGGGGGGUUUCGUCCCCGCCUGACUAGCGUGGCCACCCCCAGCCUGAGCACCACACUCCCGCCCAGCCAGCCUUCCAGCCCCACGUGGAGCGAGGAGGUCGAGGAGGAGGAGCAGGGGGAGCCGGAGAAGGAGGAGAAGGAGGAGAAGGAGGAGAAGGAGGAGAAGGAGGAGAAGGAGAAGGAGAAGGAGAAGGAGAAGGAGAAGGAGAAGGAGAAGGAGAAGGAGAAGGAGAAGGAGGAGGAGAAGGAGGAGGAGGAGGAGGAGCUGCAGCCCAGCGGGCGCACCUCUGCUUCCAGCAGCGCCUCGUCCCAAAGAUCUUAUCCUAAAAUAUUUCAAACGUUUAAGAAAGACCUGUCUGAAGUGACUGUGGAUAGAAAUAUGUACACAAGCUUGGAUCAGACAGUUCAGAUAUCAGUACAAACAGAAGAAAGUUGGCUUCAACAAAUUUUUGCUCUGAGGGAGCUAAAAAAACAACUAUCCUUUGAAACAAAGGAGGCACUACCAGAAACUCCGGCUUCUAAGUUAAGAGGAAAGUGGGUGAUCAACCCUGAAGAGCCCAAACUGAGUAUUUUAUGUGAGAUGGAGUUUAACGAAGAAUUUGUAAAAUUUUUUGAAUCUCCUCUAAGAACGUUAUCCAGCAUCGGUCCACCGACCAUUCUGUCAUAUAGAAAAGAUCUUUUUUAUCCGCACGUCAGCCAAAAGAAGGAGGAAGAAGAGCUAACCCUCAAGUGUGAAUUUUGUGGGAGUGAUCUGCAACCUUUCCUUUCUGAAGUGGACAUUGGCUCUGACAGCGCUCACCCCGAACACAAAAAGGGCGCCUGUUGUUGUAUUCAGUUACAAAAUCUUCUUGAUUAUAUCAAUGAGGAAAGGCUACACAUCAGACGCACUAAAACGGACUUAAUCAGCAUCGAUCCUCAUGCAGCCCACGGCAGUGACGUCGAUAGACUCAAGGCAAAGGAAAAAGCCAUGCAGAGGAAACAAGAGCGUCAAAUGGCCAGACAUUUUGCAAUAGUACCAAAUGAACAGAGCAUCCCAGUGCCUGAGGAAGACCCAAAGCACCUGAGGACAAUUUCUUACCAGCUCUCUGCAGAUAUACCAGAGAAAAAGAUAGAGGAAGACACCGAUGAAACUGAGAUUGAGAUUACCAAUGUCUCCAUCAUUUGCUGUGAUUCCAGGAAAGCAUGUGGAAAGGACAUGAAGGAUGAGCUCUUGGAGAAGCACUACAAGCACGGAGGCAAGUUUCUCACCUCCUUUCCAGAUGGGACAACACAAAUAUUCUAUCCAUCUGGAAAUCUAGCCAUUAUCCAGGUGCCCAACAAGACAGAUGGCUUCACCUGCAUUGUCCAGGAAGACACGCCCACCAGCCCUGCUAUUCUGGCAGUGCUGGACUCCUCUGGGAGAGGCUCCUGCUAUCAUCCUAAUGGAAAUGUCUGGGUAUACAUCAACAUCUUGGGAGGCCAAUACUCGGAUCAGGCCGGCAACAGAAUUCGAACUUGGAACUGGUCAAGCUCCAUGCCUCCCUCGUCCUUUGUCUCAUUUAAGCCAGUCUUUCUGGCUUUGAACCAUUACAUUGGAAUCCGCAUCCUAGAACAAGACAAGGUCUCCAUUAAUUUUCUAGCAAUGGGCCAACAGGCAAGAAUCAGUGUUGGGACUAAAGUAACGCUCCACGACCCAGAGGAGCUCCCAGCUCUGCGGUUCCUGAGCGAAGACGACCUGCUGCUGCUGGCCAGCUUAAUAAAGAUCCGGCGACUGUUCCACAGGCUGAAAGGGUGCGUGAAUUUCCCCUCAAGUCAGGCUUGGGAAAAAUUAAAGCAACCUUCCUACCUUUCUUCACUGUCUCUAAAACUACUUGCCCUCUGCCAUAACUCCGGCAUAAAGGAAAAUAUAAUGGCAACAAUUACAAAGCUAAUAAAAGAAAAAUUGUAAAGAA